UGUUCCCAUAGACUCAGGAGGGUUAGAAGACCCUCAUUUUGUUUUGUUGCUAGUAGGCAGUUGUACUCUAGUCAGUGGGGGCUACUGAGAAAACGCAUUGAUUCCUUGCCCUGUUUAAGAUAUUUCUUUUGUGUAGCUGUGUUGCUUAAUGCGAGGAUUGACUGUCUCAUUCCAAGACGCUGCCAUGUCAGUUUCAGUUCUCUAAGCAUCAUCAUCCUGGGAGGGCGCAGACACACAUUAUCAUUUUACUGAUGGAAAAAAUCAGGCCGUUCCACUCAGUUCAAGUACCCUUCAUUGAGGGGCUGAAAUGGGCCCUUCUAAGUCCCCUGUACAGUGGCUUCCCGCUGCUUGUCAUCCCUGGGCCCCUUGUUACCUCGAGAGAGGCCUGAUCGCCAAGGUGGGCAGGCCCAUUGCCCUCCUCCUUAGCACAGUUUGUCACCAGCACCCCACUUCCCAGUUUACAUUGUGGGGUGCAGCCACGUCUCUUUAUUUCCUCACUGUUUCUCUGACACAUCGUGGGUGUUCAGUAGAUAGUUGUCGUCUUGCUCAUUUGCGUGGACACCCAGGGCAAGAGGAAGGGACUCAAGACAUGGUCCCAGCUGGGCAGGAGCAGUCGUGAGCUCCCAGGGCAGCUGUCAGGGAGAAGGAACCACUGUGCCGCCCACACCUCUCAGGACCAUGCCUCCCUCUCCUGGCACCCAUGGGGCUCCUAGGUAGGGGUGAGAGGGUCAUGGUGACUUGUCUUGUGUGGGAGUGAAGGAGGUUCAGGCAGUGCCGCUUGGCUGUACUCCAAGGAGUCAUCGCCACAGGAGCAGAUGUCCUGGAAGGGCCUGUCCCUAAAGGACAACUUCCUGCCAGAGGUCCCUGGCCAUCACCAUGUGUCAAAGGGUGAACCAACCCUGUUCCUUUCUAGCUACAGCAUUCUCCAAAGCCAACCAUGAGGCGGGUCAUCUUACUAAGUGCCACUGACCCCGCCUCGCUGUCGUUCUGACUCCUGGACACUCGUGCCAGCUGGGGUCCCGCACCCCGGUGUGUGAGGAGUUGUUCCAGCUGCUGGAUUUAGGGGAGCACAGAUGCAGCACCUGCCCUCGCAGAGUUUGUGUUCCAGAGGAGGGCAAGCCCCACAAAACCUGCAAACAAAAUCAUUUUAAGCUGUAUAAUUAUCAUGAUGCAAUGAGGUAAGGCAAACUGGAAAGAGUUACUGGAUUCUGAUUUACCCCAUGGCCGGAGGAGGAGUCAGCUGAGUUGAGAAGAAGUGGCCACAGUGACAGGCAACGGGAGGCGUGUUCGAGAAGGGACAGUGCGUGCAGGGUUCUGCGAUCACGAGGGACAGAGCAGUGGGCAGGAUGCUCAGGGAAUGGGGAAGCCGCAGGGCGACUGUCAGCUGGUCAGCAAGCCCGAGCAGUACGGGUGCCUGGUGCUGGUGGCAGCAUUGUCCACACGAGCCCAUCGGCCACCAAACACGAAGCGAAAUAGCAUGAGGCCGUAAACAGGGACUAAGCAGGGACACAACUAUAACAUGGAGAAACCUGGAAAACAGCUUGCUCUGCAGAAGAAGCCAGACUGAAAAGGUUACAAAUUAUACGGCCCCAGCCUACAUGAAUCCUGCAGCACAGGCAGCCUCCCCACUCCAGACAGAAAACAGAUGGGUAAAUGCCAUGGAGCGGACCCAACCCACACCUCAGGCCCAGGGCUGCUAGUGGGGGGUGACAUUUCCCUUAGGGGUGAUGAAAAUGUUGGGGAAGAAGGUCAAAGUGGAGGUUCUACCCCAUGUGAAUGAACUAAGUGCCACAGAAUUGUGCGCUUUAAAGUGGUUUCUAUUCUGGCGUGUGAAUCCCAUCACAGUUCAGGAAGAGAUAGGAGGUGCGACUUGGCCGGACAAAUGCAAGGUGUGGUGGGGUGGGAGGCGAGUGUGUAAGCUGGGCACAGCAGCAGGGAACGGACCUGUUUUACCUGCUCCUGUGGAAGGAUCCUCUUCCAGUCCUUCCCCAGCCCACUCCCUGCACGCUGCCGCCAGAGAUGAGCAUGGGGCGGUGUGCACAGCCACAGAGCCACACCUGGCCAUGCCCACUCGGGGCUCCAGCAGGGACACCGAGAACCCAGUUAGGAUGUCUUGGAGGAGGUCCUGCGGUCCUCCUCUGACCAGGACGACUGUGACCAGCCGGAGCCCUUCCUGCUUGUGCCACCUCAGUCCUUACUUGGCACCUGUGCCCUCCCCGCCCGGUGCCUCCAUCUCCUUUCCUCAGCUGCGGUCCUUUGGUACAGGUCUCAUUUUUCCUCCCAGCGCCCCUUUUCUGUUUACCUCUCCACUGGUGCAAGCCUCCUGGUGUCACGGCAAAACUGGAACCUUUCCCCAAGCCCCCAGAUUUUCUCCCGCACUUGUUAGUGCAGAUUACUUACCCUGAUUGACGAAUUUCAUUUUGGCAGAUUUAUACAUGCAUGUAACAUACUGUAUUCAUUUCUCCCCGAACAUCCUCUGCCCCACCCCAGCUUCACAUUUCAGUGGGGCACGAGGCGUAUAAGGCAUUUGGAUCAUAUUCAUCCGCCAUUACCCGCCCUUAUACUCCUCCUUCCUCUUCCUCCCAACUAGCAAUGCUCUGCCCUUGACUUUAUCGUGUUUUUUAGAGCUAACCCCCAAAUUUUAUGGAUAAAUGAGGAGUUCACAGAAGAACUCUAUGGCUGACCCAGGUCAUUUGUGGCAAUGGCUCCUUCUUGUUAAAAGCCACCAGGUCAUCAGGGCGUCGCCCUGGUCCCGUCCCCCACACGUGUGUUCCUCCUGGCGGUAUAUCAGCCUGUCCAAGAAACCGCAUGCUGUUUUAAUUGCCCCCAGCAUGUAGCUGUAGUCCUGUGGAGUACUAGCUGUCGCUUGGUCCCCCGACAUCACCCUGGGAAUUGAGGUAUGGCUUUGCCCUCCAAAGGUUCAUGGUCCUUUGGGGACUAGGAGCUUCCUCAGCUCUGUUUCUGUAGUUUUCUGUAUUUCCAGAGAAACCAUGUUUUCCCAAGUACCAAGAAUUCAACCUCUAGUAUACUCUGCUGGCUCCCUCUUUGACUUGGAGCUAUGGCAUUUUCCAGAACCUUCUAUGUAUGAAGUGCAGUGAGGUGUGCUUUCUUACUGUGAGGCAGGAAGUGUAGUUAGCCUGCUGGGGAUUUAAGUAGCACAGGCCUCAGGGCCGAGACAUCCUGCCCAGGGGGACACCAUAGGUGAUGUACAACACAGCUCUGUUCCUGGCUGGACAGCUACCUCUGACCUGACCACAGAACCUGGGUCCCUCGGCCACAGCGGCAAUGCCUCCUUGCCCCACCCAGCGGGAAGAAGGAUUUAGGGAUGAGCCAGCUGUGUAUCCCUGGAAACCAACCUCCAUCUGUCUAGAAAAAAAAAUUCAUAAGGUUCCUCCACUCCCCUAAGUCCCACAGAGGAAAACCAAAUAGGGCAAGGUGGAAGGAGAACCAGGAUGAAAUGUCUACGAUUUCAAAUAGAAUCAUCUGGGAUGGCCUCUCUGGGAAGGUGGCCUUUGAGUAUUGUCUAGAAGGGAGUAAAGGAAAGAGUGUUCCAGGAAGAGGGAAAGGCCCUGGGGCCGAGUGUGUGUGAAAGAUCUAGACUGGCAAGGCAGCCCCUGCAUCUGGAGCAGGGGAGAAGGGUGUAAGUCAGCAAGUGCAGAUGAACAAGGCUGAGGACUGGGCCAGCACACCAAAGGGAGCGAGCUGUACAGACUCAGCCCUGACCACAGGCAGGGUCGCCUGCCUGCUGUGUGGAGAGCAGCAAUGGCACCGGAGGAAGGACUUAGGUGCCACUGCAGAGUUUAAGGGCAGUGAUCGAGGAACCACAACACAGGUGGGAAGAAGCUGUCAGAUCCCAGACAGCUCAUCAUGGCAGAACCAAGACUUAUUUAAACCAAAAUCACAGUUGUGAAAUGCUGAUUUUAGACGGGGUCGCUGGAACGACUGAAGACACUUGCUGUAAUGGAUCACAAGGGCCAACAAGGGCCCCAGAAGUUACCCUCAGGGUUAUUCUGAGGGCAGAAUUAGGAUGCACUGGGCUGACUGUCCACAAAGGGGAGAGGAUCCCCAGCCCCUCCUGAAGCACCCCCCCCCAGGCUCUCACCCCUAGAAGGCAAAGCUCAGUGGGACGCACAGCUCCUGUGGGCAGAGCCCGGAAGGACGGAAGGACGUGCCAAACCUGCUCGUCAGCCGCUCCGAGCCCAGCCCAGGUCGGAGCCUCAGUCACUGCUGCCACGCAGGGAGAGGAAGGCCGGCGCAGAGCGUGUCCUGUGAGCAGACGGCAGAGGAAUGAUGGACAGGUAGUCACUGUCUCAGAAAGACUGGUCAUCGGAGGAGAGCCCACCCAAAUGACCUCACUUCGACUCUGUCUUCAGAGACUUAUUCCCCAGUAAGAUCGUAUUCACAGAGGUGGGGAAUGCAGCACAUCUCUGGGGACACAGCCCUCAGCACCCCAUCUCAGAUGCAUCGAUUCAGCGGUGCCCUGGAGGAGACCAGGAAUGAGCUGCUGAAGAGAAGCAGGAAAAGCUCCAACUGACCAAGAAAGGUAAGAUUUUGUGAUUUUGCUUGGGGUCAGGUUAAACAGAUGGUUCACUAGGGCUUAUGCAGAUGUGGAACCCAAAAAUGGCAAAACCUGUAGAGGUUGUUCUAAAAUGACUGAAGAAAGGGACCCGUAGUGGGAGAAGGAGUUCCUUCCAGCUCCCUGACCAGCCUACAAACCAAGACACAGCCAGCCUCUCUAAAGCAGAGGUUUCAGAGCUCCGUGGUGGGUGUGAGCCUUAUCUCAACACCGCCCUAAACGCCCCUCCGGCUCCAUGGCUGGAUUCAGAUCUAGGCAGGUGCUCUCACCCCAGCAGGUGACAUCACAGCCACCACUAGAAAGGACAGGGAAUGCCUCCCUGUCUAGCUUCUGACCAGAAAGGGCCUGCCAGACCCUCACAAAGUGUUAUUCCCUCCAUAGAGAAGAAUCACAAGUGCUCACCACACUGAUAAAAACAGUGUGCUUUCCACAUGCACAACAUCCCACAAUAUGUCUCUUGACUCUACUCACCUGACUGCCGCCUGACCCCUUCCAGGCAACACCCACCGCCAGUAGACACAGAAACACUUCUGGCUGUUGGACCCAGUAUCCAAAUGCUCAGGUUUAUUAUAGGGCAGUUUCUUGACCUUUAUUUUUUUCUUUUCUAUUUUUUGCAGUACUGGGGAUGGGAACCCAGGGCCUCACACAAGCUAGGUGUGUUAGUCAGUUCCCUGGUACUGGUACAAAAUCCCUGAUACCUGUAACUCAGAGGGGAGGUUAAUCUGGCUCAUGGUUUCAGAUGGAUUUGGUCAUAGCUGUCCCAAGGGAGAAACAGAGCACAGGAGAACAGUGCCAGAGAAGAAGGGGCCAGGGACCAAAAGCAGCUCCCAGAGUCACAGCCCCAUGACUCAUCCAGACACAGCUAGAAGUGUGCUUCCUUAUCUCCUAGGCAUCUCUCGAGCCAAUCAAAUUGACAAUCAAGAUUACCCAUCACACCACUGAGCCGCAGCCCAGCCGCUUCAGCUUUGUUUCAUUAUCACCCCCUAAGCAGUCCUUUCAGACAGCUUUUCCCUAAUAGCCUUCCCUUGAAAUACUGGUGUCAUAAAUACAUUGUAUAUUCUGUUCAUGUCCAUCUGUGCCUUGAAGGGCAUAAAACUUUCCCUAGUUCAUUGUCACCCCUUUGGAGGUCUCCUUCAAUACCCCCUUGAAUUUGGAUGUGCUAGGCCCUUCCGAAAUUUUAUGUUUGUGGGGGUGUAGGGGAUGUUCUUGGUGCUGGGAUCAAACCCAGAGCCUCGAGCUUGCCAGGCAGGUGCUCCUGACCUGACUCCUAACAUCAUGCUCAUUGGGUCAGUGAGGUUCCUGACCAGGAUCAGCAAAGGGCAAAUCGGAUCUGCUAACAUCAGUGGAGCCACUUCCUCUCUCUGUGCCACAGGGCGGGGACUUGAUCUGACACCUGACCCAAGGGUGGCUUUGCCCAUCCCUGGUUGUGAAAGCAGGACUGGGGUGGAGGCGGAGUGGGGAUACUGGGGAUGUCCACUGUGCCCUCUGAGUUGGUUGUUCCCUUUUCUUCCAACAAAUUGGGGAAGUGGAUUUGAACGCAAAUCCAGCGCCCAAGGCGUUGCACUGAUUGUCCCCUUGCAGAGCCCCGCCUGCCGAGCCAUGGCGGAGCUGUGCCGCACGGACUCCACACUCAUGGCCCUGGACGAGGACACGCUGUGGGAGCUGAUGGAGAGCCACCGCUACAAGAUUGUGCGGAGCAUCCACCCCAGCCGUCUCACGCCCUACCUGCGCCAGGCCAAGGUGCUGGGCCAGCUGGAUGAGGAGGAGGUCCUGCACAGCCCCUGCUUCACCAACAGCGCCAUGAGAGUCGGGCAUCUACUGGAUUUGCUGAAGACUCGAGGGAAGAAUGGCGCCAUUGCCUUCCUGGAGAGCCUGAAGUUCCACAACCCGGAUGUCUACACGCUGGUCACUGGCCUACAGCCCGACGUGGACUUCACCAACUUCAGCGGCCUCAUGGAGACGUCCAAACUGACUGCGUGCCUGGCCGGGGCCAUUGGCAGCCUGCAGGAGGAGCUGGCCCAGGAGAAAGCCCAGAAGGAGACUCUGCUGCAGCAGUGCCGGCGGCUGCAGGAGCGCCUGGGCUUGGCCGAGGCUCACGCCGAGGGCCUGCGGCAGCUGGAGGCUGACCACAGCCGUAUGAAGCACGAGGCCAGUGCCCACUUCCACGAGGUACUGAAGCUGAAGGACGAGAUGCUGAGCCUCUCCCUGCGCUACAGCAAUGCGUUGCAGGAGAAGGAGCUGGCCACCACGCGCUGCCGCAGCCUGCAGGAGGAGCUCUACCUGGCGAGGCAGGAGCUGCAGCGGGUGGACAUGGUGUCUUCCUGUGAAUGGGAGUUCCGAGAGCGAACCCUGAAGAUGGCCAGCACCCUGGAGUCAGGGCACGAAGAGCUGAGUCGCCUGAAGGAGGAGAACGAGAAGCUCCGCUCGCUGACCUUCAGUCUGGUGGAGAAGGACAUUCUGGAGCAGAACCUGGAUGAGGCUCUGGAGAGCAAGCAGGAGCUGGUGGCCCGCAUCCACUCGCUGCGAGAGCGGGCUGUGGCCGCGGAGAGGCAGCGAAAGCAGUACUGGGAGGAGAAGGAGCAGACCCUGCUGCAGUUCCGGAAGACGCAGGUGGACUGUGAGCUGUACAGGGAGAAGAUGAGCACACUUCAGGGCCAGGUGGCCGAGCUGCAGAAGGAGCGAGACCAGGCUUACGCUGCGAGGGACGGGGCCCAGAUGGAGAUUUCUCAGAGCCUUCUGGAGAAGGACUCCCUCCGCAGGAAAGUCUUCGAGCUCACGGACCAGGUGUGUGAGCUUCGAACUCAGCUGCGCAAGCUACAGGCAGAAGCAGAACCUGUGGCCAUGCCCAAGCAGGAAGCUGAGCCCAGGGCGGCCUGUCCACGGGGAAAGCAGAGGCUGGCGCGGAUGUACGCCGUGUGCCCUAGGGAAGACACCGACGAGUCCCACCUCUGGGAGGACCUGAGCGCCACGUCCAGCCGUGAGCCAUCCGACAGCUUCCGCUCCAGCAGUCCUGUGCCCCCCAGCCAGCAGUCCCUGUACAAGCGGAUGGCAGAGGCCUUCCGGGAAGACCCUGAGUCUUUCAGCUUCCCAGAAAUCCUGGAGGUGGACCCGGGAGUCCCUCCAGGGGAAGAUACAGAACUGGGUUACGAGAUCCUCGACAAGGCAGACCUCCCCGAGUCCGAGGGCAGCCUGCAGUACUUUUCCAGGAGCCUCAACAUAACAGAAAGCAGCAUCCCCGCCACUGUGCGGCGCAGGCCAGCGCGCAAGAUCCUGAGUCAGGUCACAGUGCUGGCGUUCCAGGGGGCCGCGCUGCUGGAGCAGAUCAGCGUCAUCGGCGGGAACCUCACAGGCAUCUUCAUUCACCGGGUCACCCCAGGAUCGGCAGCAGAUGAGAUGGCCUUGCGCCCAGGCACCCAGAUCGUGAUGGUGGACCAUGAGGCAUCAACACCCUCGUUCAAGGGCACCCUGGAGAAUAUCACCCUGGAGCAGGCGCUCAGGCUUCUCCGCAGGGUGACCGGCUUCUGCUGCCUGUCCGUGAAGGUCAACACUGAGGGUUAUAAGAAGCUGGUCCAGGACCUGGAGGCCAAAGUGGCAACCUCAGGGGACUCGUUCUACAUCCGGGUCAACCUGGCCCUGCAGGGGAGGGCCGAGGGGGAGCUGCAGGUAUAUUGCAAUGACAUCCUGCACAUCACCGACACCAUGUUCCAGAGCCGCAGCUGCUGGCAUGCACACCGCAUCAACCCAUACACCAUGAAGGCUGCAGAGCAUGGCACCAUCCCCAACUACUCGCAGGCUCAGCAGCGCCUCAUCUCCCUCAUCCAGGACAUGACUCAGCAGUGCUCUGUCAUCCGAAAGUCUUCCGUGGGCCCACAGAAGUUGGUGCGCAUUGUGAGCCUGGACAGAGCCAGUCCCUCAAGGUCGUCCUGUGAGGAGGGCCAGGUGGACCCCAGCGGGGUAGAAGACCACGCCAGCGUGUGCUUCUGGGCAGAGAGCUGCUUCACCCUGGCGCCCUACACCCAGGUGCACCCCCACAGGCCCAGCCGGCCCCGGCCUGUCAUCUUCUCGCCCAGGAUAGUAGGGAAGAUCCUGAGCAGAAAGCUGUGCCUCCUCCAGGGAUUUAAGAAGUGCUCCGCAGAGUACCUGAGCCAGGAGGAGUAUGACUCCUGGAGCCAGAGAGGGGACAUCAUCCAGGAGGGAGAGCCGUACGGUGGCCACUGCUGGGUGACCCGCCAAGCUGUGGAGUCGCUCAUGGAGAAGAAUACCCACGCCCUGCUGGAUGUCUGGCUGGACAGCGUCUGUGUCCUGCACAGGAUGGACAUCUUUCCCAUCAUCGUCCACAUCUCCACCAAUGAGAAGACGGCAAAGAGACUCAGGAAGGGCCUGCAGCGGCUCGGGAUCUCAGAGGAGCAGCUCCUGGAGGCCUCCAGGCAGGAGGAGGGGGAGCUGGACAGAGUGCCCUGCCUGUACAGCAGCCUGGCCCCUGACGGCUGGAGUGACCUGGACGGGCUGCUGGGCUGUGUUCGCCUGGCCAUUGCGGACGAGCAGAAGAAGGUGGUGUGGACAGCAGAGAGCCCCUGAUGACAAUGUCUCGCCCCUCCUGAGGCUGUGGGACCUCUAUAUGCCCAUUAAUGCUGCUUUUCCUCUGAGCCAGGGCCUUGGGCACAGCUGGAGCUGCCCAGCCCACAAGCCCAGCUCUUCUCCCUUGGGGUCUAACCGUACACCCUCACCCCGCAUGGGUCCUAAGCGGUCAAGUCCCCGUACCCGCUCACCCUGUGUGUAAGCCACUGCCACCCUUUGCCAGGACUGGGUAUGGGCUUCCUGGGGCGCCAAGAACAUCUCUGCAGUGUGUGCGGGGCGCUUCCCAGGCCUCCCCAGACCUCCCGGGACACCUGAACAAAUGUUUGGUCUGACUGGGAGGGCUGCUCCUUCCUUUCACGUUCAAGGUGUCAAAGGGCACCUUUUGAGCCAACUGGAGCCACUGCCCCAGCCCAAGACAGGCGCAGAGCUGUGCAGCGUGACCCCGGCUGGCUUUUCUCAGUUCCUGAUGGCUCAGAGCUGCUUCAGUGCCGCUCAGCCACAGACACCUGCGUGUUCACUUGUGAACCGAGUCCCUGUGAUGGCGCAGCAUACCCACAGGUCUGUACCUUGUGGCCUCCACGCCUGGCUCUGGGGACCAUAGGAUUGUCCUGAGAGAUGCCUGACAGGACCAGCGGUCUUCUUGGUCUGCAAAACUGUGACCCCCCAGCCCUGUCUGGGCCCUGCAUCUUCACCCCACCUCUGGGGUGUGGGAGCAACUCUGCUCAUGCCGGUGAGCGCCCCCAUGUGCCCUUGACUCCCGCCCAUUUCGUGCUGUACACACUGGACAUCAUUCUCAGUGUCUCUGUGUUAGGGUGUAACCCUAGGGUUCAAGUUGCUAUUGUCAUCAAUGAAUUAAGUA